GCAUUUGGGAACGCUAAGACCGCUCAUAACAACAACUCCAGCCGCUUUGGCAAGUUCAUCCAGGUCAACUACGAGGAGAGUGGUACCGUCCGGGGGUGAGACAGCUACACCUUCUUUAUCCAUCCUCACCUUCCUUCCUCGUUCGCUCUCUUUCUCUCCCUUGCUGUCUCUCUCUCUCUUUCUCGUUCUUGUUCUCUCUCUCCCUCUCUCCCUCUACCCUAUGUCUCUGUUUCAAUCUCUGUAUGAAGGGAAUCUUGACUAAAGUAAAUCCUGUGCGUGUGUUCACAGAGCGUACGUGGAGAAGUACCUUCUAGAGAAGUCACGUCUGGUCUACCAGGAGCACAAUGAAAGGUAAGGGGGAAAUUAUUUACUUAUACAGUGAGGAGAAAAAAGUAUUUGAUCCCCUGCUGAUUUUGUACGUUUGCCCACUGACAAAGAAAUGAUCAGUCUAUAAUUUUAAUGGUAGGUUUAUUUGAACAGUGAGAGACAGAAUAAAAACAAAAAAAUCCAGAAAAACGCAUGUAAAAAAUGCUAUAAAAUGAUUUGCAUUUUAAUGAGGGAAAUAAGUAUUUGACCCCCUCUCAAUCAGAAAGAUUUCUGGCUCCCAGGUGUCUUUUAUACAGGUAACGAGCUGAGAUUAGGAGCACACUCUUAAAGGGAGUGCUCCUAAUCUCAGCUUGUUACCUGUAUAAAAGACACCUAUCCACAGAAGCAAUUAAUCAAUCAGAUUCCAAACUCUCCACCAUGGCCAAGACCAAAGAGCUCUCCAAGGAUGUCAGGGACAAGAUUGUAGACCUACAUAAGGCUGGAAUGGGCUACAAGACCAUCGGCAAGCAGCUUGGUGAGAAGGUGACUACAGUUGGUGCGAUUAUUCGCAAAUGGAAGAAACACAAAAGAUCUGUCAAUCUCCCUCGGCCUGGGGCUCCAUGCAAGAUCUCACCUCGUGGAGUUGCAAUGAUCAUGAGAACGGUGAAGAAUCAGCCCAGAACUACACGGGAGGAUCUUGUCAAUGAUCUCAAGGCAGCUGGGACCAUAGUCACCAAGAAAACAAUUGGUAACACACUACGCCGUGAAGGACUGAAAUCCUGCAGCGCCCGCAAGGACCCCCUGCUCAAGAAAGCACAUAUACAGGGCCCUCUGAAGUUUGCCAAUGAACAUCUGAAUGAUUCAGAGAAGAACUGGGUGAAAGUGUUGUGGUCAGAUGAGACCAAAAUCGAGCUCUUUGGCAUCAACUUAACUCACCAUGUUUGGAGGAGGAGGAAUGCUGCCUAUGACCCCAAGAACACCAUCCCCACCGUCAAACAUGGAGGUGGAAACAUUAUGCUUUGGGGGUGUUUUUCUGCUAACGGGAUCGGACAACUUCACCGCAUCAAAGGGACGAUGGACGGUGCGCAUGUACCGUCAAAUCUUGGGUGAGAACCUCCUUCCCUCAGCCAGGGCAUUGAAAAUGGGUAGUGGAUGGGUAUUCCAGCAUGACAAUGACCCAAAACACACGGCCAAGGCAACAAAGGAGUGGCUCAAGAAGAAGCACAUUAAGGUCCUGGAGUGGCCUAGCCAGUCUCCAGACCUUAAUUCCAUAGAAAAUCUGUGGAGGGAGCUGAAGGCUCGAGUUGCCAAACGUCAGCCUCGAAACCUUAAUGACUUGGAGAAGAUCUGCAAAGAGGAGUGGGACAAAAUCCCUCCUGAGAUGUGUGCAAACCUGGUGGCCAACUACAAGAAACAUCUGAGCUCUGUGAUUGCCAACAAGGGUUUUGCCACCAAGUACUAAGUCAUGUUUUGCAGAGGGGUCAAAUACUUAUUUCCCUCAUUAAAAUGCAAAUCAAUUGAUAACAUUUUUUACAUGCAUUUUUCUGGAUUUUGUUGUUGUUAUUCUGUCUCUCACUGUUCAAAUAAACCUACCAUUAAAAUUAUAGACUGAUCAUGUCUUUGUUAGUGGGCAAACGUACAAAAUCAGCAGGGGAUCAAAUACUUUUUUCCCUCACUGUAGCGAUAAAUGAAACAUAAAUAAAUAAAUGUAAGUAUAUAAUAUUACAUAACUUAUAUGGUUGCUUAUCUAAUAUUGAUUCAGUAUCUUAAAGUCAGCUUUAAUCAAAGUAAUCAAAUCCAAGUUUAUUGGUUGUGUACACAGUUUAGAAGAUGUUAUAGUGGAUGCAGAGAAAAGCUUUUUACUAGCUCCUAACAGUGCAGUAAAAUGUCAAACGAGUACACAAAUAUCAACUAAAAACAAGACAUCAAGAAAUGUCGACUAAUCCAAUUAAUAACCCUAAUAACACUGUAUCAGUAAUCCAAAUGCAAUCUAUGCGUAUAUACACCAACAAGAUAUACUAAGAAUGAUAUGUACAGCAGUAGAUAUAUUAGAGUGAAUCCAUUAUCAAGAAUCCAGUAUAUAAAUACGCGGUGUGUAUAAACAGUGUAACAAUAAUGCAAUGUGCAGUAGUAGAGAUUAGAAUUAGCUAUGUCGAGAAUACAGUGUGUAUGUGUACAGUUUAAGUCAGAAGUUUACAUACACCUUAGCAAAAUAAAUUUAAACUCAGUUUUUCACAAUUCCUGACAUUUCAUCCUAGUAAAAAUUCCCUGUCUUAGGUCAGUUAGGAUCACCACUUUAUUUUAAGAAUGUGAAAUGUCAGAAUAAUAGUAGAGAAAAUGAUUUAUUUCAGCUUCUAUUUCUUUCAUCACAUUCCCAGUGGGUCAGAAGUUUACAUACACUCAAUUAGUAUUUGGUAGCAUUGCCUUUAAAUUGUUUAACUUGGGUCAAACGUUUCUGGUAGCCUUCCACAAGCUUCCCACAAUAAGUUGGGUGAAUUUUGGCCCAUUCCUCCUGACAGAGCUGGUGUAACUGAGUCAGGUUUGUAGGCCUCCUUGCUCGCACACGCUUUUUCAGUUCUGCCCACACAUCUAUCUAUAGGAUUGAGGUCAGGGCUUUGUGAUGGCCACUGCAAUACGUUGACUUUGUUGUCCUUAAGCCAUUUUGCCACAACUUUGGAAGUACGCUUGGGGUCAUUGUCCAUUUGGAAGAUCCAUUUGCGACCAAGCUUGAACUUCCUGACUGAUGUCUUGAGAUACUGAAGCAACAUAUCCACAUAAUUUUCCUUCCUCAUGAUGACAUCUAUUUUGUGAAGUGCACCAGUUCAUCCUGCAGCAAAGCACCCCCACAGCAUGAUGCUGCCACCCCCGUGAUUCACGGUUGGGAUGGUGUUCUUUGGCUUGCAAGCCUUCCCCUUUUUCCUCCAAACAUAACGAUGGUCAUUAUGGCCAAACAGUUCUAUUUUUGUUUCAUCAGACCAGAGGACAUUCCUCCAAAAAGUACGAUCUUUGUCCCCAUGUGCAGUUGCAAACCAUAGUCUGGCUUUUCUAUGGCGGUUUUGGAGCAGUGGCUUCUUCCUUGCUGAGCGGCCUUUAAGGUUAUGUCGAUAUAGGACACAUUUUACUGUGGAUAUAGAUACUUUUGUACCUGUUUCCUCCAGCAUCUUCACAAGGUCGUUUGCUGUUGUUCUGGGAUUGAUUGGCACUUUUCGCACCAAAGUACGUUCAUCUCUAGGAGACGGAACACGUUUCCUUCCUGAGCAGUAUGACGGCUGCGUUGUCCCAUGGUGUUUAUACAUGCAUACUAUUGUUUGUACAGAUGAACAUGGUACCUUCAGGCGUUUGGAAAUUGCUCCCAAAGAUGAACCAGACUUGUGGAGGUCUACCAUUUUUUUCUGAGGUCUUGGCUGAUUUAUUUUCAUUUUUCCAUGAUGUCAAGCAAAUAGGCACUGAGUUUGAAGGUAGGUCUUGAAAUACAUCCACAGGUAUAACUCCAAUUGACUCAAAUGAUGUCAAUUAGCCUAUCAGAAGCUUCUAAAGCCAUGACAUCAUUUUCUGGAAUUUUCCAAGCUGUUUAAAGGCACAGUCAACAUAGUGUAUGUAAACUUCUGACCCACUGGAAUUGUGAUACAGUGAAUUAUAAGUGAAAUAAUCUGUCUGUAAACAAUUGUUGUCAUGCACAAAGUAGAUGUCCUAACCGACUUGCCAAAACUAUAGUUUAUUAACAAGACAUUUGUGGAGUGGUUGAAAAAAGAGUUUUAAUGACUCCAACCUCAGUGUAUGUAAACUUCUGACUUCAACUGUAUGUGUAUGUGUGUGUGUUUUUCUCUGUGUAUAUAUAUAUAUAUACAGCUGUGGAAAAAAUUAAGAGACUACUGCAACUUUUUCUUAAAUCAGCGUCUCUACAUGUAUGACAGCCAUUCCAUUCCAGUGUCUGUUGAAUUCCAACACAGGCACACCUCAUUCUACUGAAGUAGGUACUGAUUAGGUGAUCACAUGAACCAAAUCUUAUUUAACAAGGAAAAGUAUAAAAACCAUUGCUGUGGUCAUCACUAUCCUCUUGCAAUAGGACCAGCUGGAUGGCAAAAACUGUGCUAAUAGUACCUCAAAAGUAAUAUUAAUCAAAAAAUAACUAUUGACCAUGGCAAAAGAGUAGAAAAGGAAAGUUUUGAGUUAGGAAAAGAAGAGUUCAAUUCUGGCUUUACUGGCAGAGGGAUACAGUGAGCAUUGCUUCCAUCCUUAAAAUUUAAAAGACGGCGGUUCAUAAGAACAAGGUAAAACGGCAGACAUUGGGGACAAAAAAGCUACAGACCGGCAGAGGGCGAAAACGACUCUCUACUGACCGGGAUGACCGCCAACUCAUUCAAAUGUCACUCAACAACCGUAGGAGGACAUCAAGUGACCUACAAAAAGAAUGGCAAACGGCACCUGGGGUGAAGUGCACGGCGAGGACGGUUCGAAACAGGCUCCUAGGGGCAGGGCUGAAGUCGUGCAAAGCUAGAAAAAGCCCUUCAUCAAUGAGAAGCAAAGAGCAGCCAGGCUGAGGUUUGCAAAAGACCAUAAGGAUUGGACCGUAGAGGACUGGUGUAAGGUCAUCUUCUCUGAUGAGUCCAAUUUUCAGCUUUGCCCAACACCUGGUCAUCUAAUGGUUAGACGGAGAUCUGGGAAGCCUACAAGCCACAGUGUCUCACACCCACUGUGACAUUUGGUGGAGGAUCUGUGAUGAUAUGGGGGUGCUUCAGCAAGGCUGGAAUCAAGACAGAUUUGUCUUUGUGAAGGACGCAUUAAUCAAGCCACGUACAAGGUUGUCCUGGAAGAAAACUUGCUUCCUUUUGCUCUGACAUUGUUCCCCAACUCGGAGGAUUGGUUUUUCCAGCAGGACAAUGCGCCAUGCCACACAGCCAGGUCAAUCAAGGUGUGGAUGGAGGACCACCAGAUCAAGACCCUGUCAUGGCCAGCCCAAUCUCCAGACCUGAACCCCAUUGAAAACCUCUGGAAUGUGAUCAAGAGGAAGAUGAAUGGUCACAAGCCAUCAAACAAAGCCGAGCUGCUUGAAUUUUUGCGCCAGGAGUGGCAUAAAGUCACCCAACAUCAAUGUGAAAGACUGGGGGAGAGCAUGCCAAGACGCAUGAAAGCUGUGAUUGAAAAUCAGGGUUAUUCCACCAAAUAUUGAUUUCUGAACUCUUCCUAAGUUAAAGCAUUACUAUUGUGUUGUUUAAAAAUGAACAUGGACUUGUUUUCUUUGCAUUAUUCGAGGUCUGACAACACUGCAUCUUUUUUGUUAUUUUGACCAGUUGUCAUUUUCUGCAAAUAAAUGCUCUAAAUGACAACAUUUUUAUUUGGAAUUUGGGAGAAAUGUUGUCAGUAGUUUAUAGAAUAAAACUAAAAUGUUAUUUUUACCCAAACACAUACCUAUAAAUCGUAAAACCAGAGAAACUGAUAAUUCUGCAGUGGUCUCUCAUUUUUUCCGCAGCUGUAUAUAUAUAUAUAUGUGUGUGUGUGUGUGUGUGUGUGUGUGUGUGUGUGUGUGUGUGUGUGUGUGUGUGUGUAUGUUUAUAUAUAUGUAUAUAUGUAUGUAUAUAUAUAUGUAUGUAUAUAUGUGUGUGUAUAUAUACAGUGAGGGAAAAAAGUAUUUGAUCCCCUGCUGAUUUUGUACGUUUGCCCACUGACAAAGACAUGAUCAGUCUAUAAUCUUAAUGGUAGGUUUAUUUGAACAGUGAGAGACAGAAUAACAACAAAAACAUCCAGAAAAAUGCAUGUCAGAAAUGUUAGAAAUAGAUUUGCAUUUUAAUGAGGGAAAUAAGUAUUUGACCCCUCUGCAAAACAUGACUUAGUACUUGGUGGCAAAACCCUUGUUGGCAAUCACAGAGGUCAGAUGUUUCUUGUAGUUGGCCACCAGGUUUGCACACAUCUCAGGAGGGAUUUUGUCCCACUCCUCUUUGCAGAUCUUCUCCAAGUCAUUAAGGUUUCGAGGCUGACGUUUGGCAACUCGAACCUUCAGCUCCCUCCACAGAUUUUCUAUGGGAUUAAGGUCUGGAGACUGGCUAGGUCACUCCAGGACCUUAAUGUGCUUCUUCUUGAGCCACUCCUUUGUUGCCUUGGCCUUGUGUUUUGGGUAAUUGUCAUGCUGGAAUACCCAUCCAUGACCCAUUUUCAAUGCCCUGGCUGAGGGAAGGAGGUUCUCACCCAAUAUUUGAUGGUACAUGGCCCCGUCUAUCGUCCCUUUGAUGCGGUGAAGAUGUCCUGUCCCCUUAGCAGAAAAACACCCCCAAAGCAUAAUGUUUCCACCUCCAUGUUUGACGGUGGGGAUGGUGUUCUUGGGGUCAUAGGCAGCAUUCCUCCUCCUCCAAACACGGCGAGUUGAGUUGAUGCCAAAGAGCUCGAUUUUGGUCUCAUCUGACCACAACACUUUCACCCAGUUCUCCUCUGAAUCAUUCAGAUGUUCAUUGGCAAACUUCAGACGGGCCUGUAUAUAUGCUUUCUUGAGCAGGGGGACCUUGCGGGCGCUGCAGGAUUUCAGUCCUUCACGGCGUAGUGUGUUACCAAUUGUUUUGACUAUGGUCCCAGCUGCCUUGAGAUCAUUGACAAGAUCCUGCCGUGUAGUUCUGGGCUGAUUCCUCACCGUUCUCAUGAUCAUUGCAACUCCACGAGGUGAGAUCUUGCAUGGAGCCCCAGGCCGAGGGAGAUUGACAGUUCUUUUGUGUUUCUUCCAUUUGCGAAUAAUCGCACCAACUGUUGUCACCUUCUCACCAAGCUGCUUGGCGAUGUCAUCAAGGCAAAGGGUGGCUAUUUGAAGAAUCUCAAAUAUAACAUAUAUUUUGAUUUGUUUAACACUUUUUUGGUUACUACAUGAUUCCAUAUGUGUUAUUUCAUAGUUUUGAUGUCUUCACUAUUAUUCUACAAUGUAAAACUAAAGAAAAACCCUUGAAUGAGUAGGUGUGUCCAAACUUUUGACUGGUAGUGUAUAUAUACACACACACACACACACACACACACACACACAGUGUGAAAAACAAUAUAAAAGAAACAUGAAGUGUCCAGUGUUUAAUGUCACUAUAUACUGUGCAUUGGACAAACUGGACAGGUAAGCAUUAUCCCAGCCAGAACGGCCAAUAGGUCAGGAGCUUAUCUCAUGUUUCUGUAGCGUGAGGCAACUUGAUAUACAAGAACACUUCUUGGACCCAAUCCUGAGUGCCAAGCAAAGAGGCAUUGGGUUCCAUUAUUAAAGUCUUUGGUAUGACUCGACCUGGGAUCAAAACCCCAACCUUCCAAUCUCAGGGCAGACACAAGGCUACUGAGUUGAUAUUCCAAGUAACUUAAUUUUUCUCGUCUCAGUUGACCUCUGAAACUCAAUACCUACAAGCCAAUUUCGUUUCCUCAAACCACACAGGAUAUCUGAUACACAUCCGAAAUAGACCAGAAUAGCUGUCAGAAUAACGGUCUCUCUCAUUGCUUGCUCAUAUUGCAGUGUGUUCUACAAAGGGGAGUGUUAUACUUUCCCUCAAGUUCAAUCAAUAUCAGGUAACUUGUAUCGUAUAUGGUUAUUUAUAUAAUAUCAUAUACAUAGGCUAUUAACUACAUAACCAAUAUUAUUGAACUUUUUAUAUUUAUGAACAUGUCAUCCUGUAUGACUAUGUUGACAGGUUGUGUAACCAGAAUACACAUACACACCACCUCACCGACUCCCACCCCACCUCACCCCCCCAUCCACCCCCACAAAACCCAUCAUAUUAUUCUUCAUCGCUAAAUCACAAAAUCCCUAAUAGGUUUAAAACAGUGGUUAUUUUAUCCCCAAGCCCUGAGUUUUGCCCCACUGGCCACCAAGGUUUCCAUUUCACCGUGAUGACAGCACAGGCGGCCAUAUUGAUGGAGCUCAAACUCAAACCAGACCUCCCAGCCUUCUCCUUUAGACCGGCGGGGGCUAUAACACACUCACACAGAGAGAAAGUGCUGGCCGUCUCACUACUAACCACAGUGUCCACUCCGAUAAGUACUAAGUGUUGGGUUUUAGACCAAGUCUUGAACCCACCGAAGUACAAUUACAGCUCAUUGUCUUGGGGACACACACACACUUGGAAAGCUCCCAGUCUCUGUCACGCCUAAUCAUGGUUUAAUACUAUGGCGACAUACAAUACACUGUUUCUUUGUUUUCGCUGGGAAUGCAACCUCUGGCCAUCUAUAAUGUGUUACACAGAUUGAGUCUCGAAAGGUUUGCCUUUUGACGGUCGACCACACUUUUGCUUCAGGAGAUAUUAUCAGAUGAGCUCCAUGUGCGUAUCACACAUUUUAAUUCAGAUUUUCGCUCUAGUCAUGCAUUGCUGUCAACAGGAAAGCUCUGUACUUAGCUAAGGGUAUGUACAAAACGGUAUUGUGUUGACAGCAAUGUAUGACAUCAAAAAAGUCAGAUUUAGGCUGGAGUUUAUGGAGCUAAAUGCGACAAGUGUGACAUGUGACAAGUCAAUGUGGUCCAGAGUCAGUUAAAUCAUCCAUCUGGUCCUUCUUUCCAACCCAUUGGCCCACUCAGCAGAGCUCUCCUAUUCUAUUUUGUAUCAGAACAUCUCAUGGCGAAUAUCAAUCUAGCUGUACAGCAGUUUGUCAACCCAAUCUGGCAACCCUGUUUUUACCUCAAUCUGGGUUGUGUUCAUUAGGCAUCAAACAUAAGAAAACAGACUAAAACAGGGGAAGGGACUACAUGGACCAGUCCAAUAAGAAACACUCAUUUUCUCUUUCCAUUGCAAAUUGUUUUAAAACGUGAUCUGCUGUGUGCCAUAUUGAACACGACCUUGGCAAUCCUGUGUUUCCCUCUCUCCAGGAACUACCAUGUGUUCUACUACAUGUUGGCUGGAGCCAGUGAGGGUGAGAGGAAGGCCUUCCACCUGCUCAAACCUGAGGAGUACCACUACCUCAACCAGGUGGGCUCUCCACACACACACACACACACACACACACACACACACAGGGAAUCGUAAUGUAGUAUGGGUGGAUUCGUGUGUGUGUGGGUCCUGUGGCCACAUGUAAUAGCGAAAGAGCUGCUUAGACUGCAGAUGAUGAUGAUGAUAAUGGUUGCACUUCAGUUGGAUGUUUGUCUUGCACUUACAUUCAUAAAUGGAGCACUUCUCAAAUCCUCUGGCUAUUGAUUGCUUUGACCCACAUUUCCAGUAUGUGUCUGUUCACAGCACCAGUACUGUGUGUGCCCGUGUGCGCGCAUGUGUGCGCAUGUGUGCGCGUGUGUGUGUUUGUGGGUGUGUUUGUGUGUGUGUACACAUCUGCCUACUUUGGCAACAGAUGCAUAUACAGAUUCACAGGACAGUGGUGAAAAUCAGAAUCCUUUGUUCCUUGGUUAUUUUUUGGCAUCCCAAAAAAGUAACUGUUUUUUCCCCCUCCUUUUCCCCCAAAACACCCCUAAUCCCCACGACAACAAACCCAGCUCCGUCUGUUACUAUGCACCGCUGUUUCCAUGGCGACAGCAUGAGUCGAGAGUUAAUCUCGAUUCCUGGCGCGUGCAGAGGAGCUGGCAGUCUCGUUUCUGUUUGUGUGUGCGUGUGACGAUGGCCUGUGUGUUCAUGGUGUGUAAAGUAGUCUGUGUUUUUGUUUUCUCUCUGUCGCUCAUUCUCUCCCGCUCUCUUCCUGUCUUUCUCUCUCUUUAUGACUGUAUACGUGUCUGUGAUACAAAGGAGCAAGGGCAUUCUCCAAACAGAUUGCUGCUGUCUUUUAUCCUUUCUAGUAAAGAAUAAAAGUGUAUCUGCGAUGUGUGUGUCCGUGUGUAGAUGCGUGCAAUGCAUAUGUGCAUGCAUUUGCUUGUGUCUGUCUGUUUGUCUGUGUAGCCCUAGCCCCAGUGAACACUCCAGACCCUAUCUGGGAGCAGGGUAUGAAUUCCUCCCAUAGUUGAACAGUUCUGUCACUCUCACUUCCUUCCUGUGUCCAUGUGUCUCUCCACAGAGAUAGAGUCUGUAUCACUCUCUGUUCUCUCCCUCUCUCUCGCUCGAAACAUUCUUGGAAAGACUGAGAUCUUUCUUUCUCCGCAAUUCAAACCAGUUGUGUCAUUCAUUUUUCAGAUUAGGUCAUUGCUAAGUGGAUUGAAUUAUCACAGCUUUGGGGAUUUGUGGUAUCUCUGUGUGUGUGUGUGUGUGUGUGUGUGUGUGUUUAGAACAGUUUAGUGAAUUUCCCCUUGUGUAUUAACAGUAUGCGUCAUCUCCUAGUCAGUUGAGUGAGUGUGUUUGAGUGUGUGUGUGUGUGUGUACGUACCUCUUUCUAAUCCCCUCUACCUUACUUCCAGAUGACAAAGAAAUCCCCCAGACUCCACUGGGAGAAUUACUAUGAGAGCGAGCUGGUCAGUAUUGUGUGUGUGUUUAGUUGUGUAUACCUCUUUGCGUGUGUGUGUGUGUCUGUGUACAUGUGAGGUUCAUUUGGUGCUGGGUUGGGCCUCGGCUCUUGUCACGUCUUCACACGUGAGAACACACUCCUGUUUAUUUUUGGAGUGUGUGUGUGUGUUGAUAUCAUUCAGUGUUUUGUUGUCUCACUGCCAUUGUCUGCACAGCCUUCACUUCUAGUGGUCGAUGUAGUGGUCAUUGUGAUGUCUUGUAUCUGGGAUACUGCUUCAAAUUCAGCACACUCUCCCCCCCUCUGUCUCUCUGAGUGUCUGUUUACAUCGCAUGUCUCAGGGGUGAGUCUAUGACCUCCCUGCCCUUUCGUCUGCAAUCCCUGACCCCUGAGCCAGAGGAGAUGAUGUCAGAGUCUCUGUCGCACUGUGCCUCUCAGCACUUCCUGACAGCUGGCUGUACUCUUUCCCUCUCUUUCCCUCUCUUUCCCUCUCUUUCCCUCUCUUUCCCUCUCUUUCCCACUCACUCACACGCUCUGAAACAUAAACAAACACAAGGGAGCGUCUGACACGAUCACAAUGACCAAACAUGUUUGCUGUUUUUAUUUGGGGUGUGGUAUGUUCCUGGCUUGGUGGCUGUGGGUUUAUUUCAGUGUCUCGGGGUGUCUUUGGGUUCACUUUGGUCGAUUGCUUGGGUGUGAGAAGCAUGCUGUCGUGGUACACGUUUUGAAUGAUGAGCACUUUCUCACAUAACACUGAUGGCCUGUCAAAAGGCAUUUACCGCUCAAGUCUGUGAUAGGACUAGGUAAGGAGCCAAUUCUAACUUGAAAUAUAGAAGUGUCUCUUGAAAUUUCUCGCACUGAUAUCAAUGUAUGAUUUAAGAGAACAUUUGAGAUACGCGCACAGACAGUAUCUCAAGUCAGAAUUUGGCCCUAAGUGGGAACAUCACUAAAAGCAAUAUGCCAUAUGUAUCGAAUUUUAUCCCAAACAUUUUCACCAUGUACAUUUUAGGGUUAACUCAAUGACAAGGCUUGCUAAGUAAGCAGUAGAAUAUGUGCUGAGUAAGAUCAAAAUAAUAAAAUGCCUUUCUCUCAGUUUGAGAAGGUAAAAGAACAGAAUGGAGCUUUCUUCAGUCAUUCCCUCAGUGUCCUAAACCGAUUGUUUUGAUUAGACAAGUACCAAAGUUAAGGGUUUGGUGUAGGCCCAGAGAUUCCAAGUUGAACUGUCCGACAAUGAUCUCUCUUUGUUUUCUCAACUUCCUUUGACAUAUCACAUUGCGCCGUUUGGCAUUUGAAACAAACCCAGCAAUUUGGAAAUUCUCUUCUUACCCAAGUGCAUGUGAAGCCUUAAAUCUCAUGUUGGAUUAAGUGCACAUUUUCACCUCAGAAAUUGCCCGUUACCCACAUUACAGUAUGUACCCUGGAAACUGUAAAGAAAUCCAAACAGUAGGGAAUAAUGUUAAAUGGUUUUAGAAGCUGAUCCUGUGUGUGUAUGCCCUCUGCCCCAUCAUUAGAACUGAAAGGAAGGCCCCUCUCUAUUUGCCUUGCCAGUGGCCACCAGGCUCCGAGCAUGGAAGGAAAACCUUCUGUGUGUUUUGGCUUGACCACCUCCCUUAGAACAACAACCGAACACUCCUAUGCCACAAGGUUAUUGUAUAAAGCAGGGUUAUACAAUUCCUGACCUGGAGGGCCAAAGUAGUUCUGUUUUUUGUUUUUUUUAUUGAUUGAUUUCAUGGUCUCCCAGGUCUAAAUCAGUCCCUGAUUAGAAGGAGAGAAUGAACCAGAGCUCAAGGACCGGAGUUGACUAUCCCUGAUAUGAAAAUGUUUGUUAGUGAUUCAGUAAAGAGCAUAAUAUAUGAACUAGAAAACCAUAUGGUAGGGUGGUUGUGUCAGAAGUAGUGUUAGAGUGUGUACGAUAUGCCUAAUAGUGAGUGUGUGUGUGUAGUAUUCUACAGUAUAUGUGUAUAUUGUAUGGUCAAGUGUGUUGAUAGAGGUACUUGUUACUUCAGCAGGACUGCUUCACUGUGGAAGGGGAGGACCUGAAGCACGACUUUGAGCGGCUACAGUUGGCUAUGGAGAUGGUGGGGUUCCUGCCUGCCACACGCAAACAGUAAGUAUAUUGCAUGCACGCACGCACGCACGUGCACACACACACACACACACACACACACACACACACACACACACACACACACACACACACACACACACACCAUGCAAGUCUUUCUCCCUUUCUCUCUCCAUCUUUUCCACACCAUCAUUUCUAAAGCAGUUGUCUAGGUUUAUCCUCAUCUUAACUCAUAUUUGACUCCCUCCCUCUCUCCCUUCCUGUCUGGUAGGAUCUUCUCCCUUCUGUCUGCUAUCCUCCACCUGGGCAACAUCCGCUACAAGAAGAAGACCUAUAGAGACGACUCCAUAGACAUCUGUAACCCAGAGGUGCUGCCCACCGUCUCGGAGCUGCUCGAGGUAUACCUCCUUGUCAAUUGGUCAUUCAUUCACUCGUUGACUUGACCCGUCGAUUCUGAUAUCUGUGGUUCUUCUCAGCAGAGUGCUUUAUGAUGUCAUUGUUUUUCCUUCACAUUGAGCCCAUCGAGGUAAUGGGAGUGCCUUCUGCUGUGUUCAAGCACAUCUUCUAUUGACAGGCAAGCCUGAGAGCUACUUCAGGUCCCCAAAAGCCACCGAACAAUGCUACGCUACAACAGUUAUUAGGUCAAGGACUGUUCUCAGGUCUGCUAUGGUAUGGUUGAUCUGCAAUAUUAUGACCUAUCAAUAGAGGCUUAGAACUCUAAUUUUAUCUACCCAUGACUGAGGCGAGAGGAUCUUAAUAAUUUUUUUCUAAAUAUGUGUAUUCAAUUUCUUCAGCUCAGGUUUACAGACAGACACCAAGAGAUUUGAAUACUGUACAUAUGGACAUACAUUCUUGACAUGUUAAACUGUUUGGCCUAUGCACAAGCAAUGUUGAGUUGUCAACUAACGUGAAUUCAGUGUGAAAUCUACAAAAAAUUUCACCAUGUAAUUGGAUUUAGGUUAAAAGUUGGGUGAAAAAAAGACUAAUCCCUUACUUUGAUCCAAUCAGUUUUCCACGUUGAUUCAAUGUCAUCACAUUAUUUUUGUUGAAAUGAUGUGGAAACAACGUUGAUUCAACCAGUUUUUGCCCAGUGGGAUAAGACAUGUUCAACAUUGAGAUGUCUUUUGAAAACUGGAUGAUGCGGUGACUAGAGCUCAUGACUGCCAGAGUAUUGUGCAAUACACACAUGUGCACACCCUGCCAGAGUAUUGUGCAAUACACACACGUGUGCACACUGCCAGAGUAUUGUGCAAUACACACACGUGCGCACACUGCCAGAGUAUUGUGCAAUACACACACGUGCGCACACUGCCAGAGUAUUGUGCAAUACACACACGUGCACACCCUGCCAGAGUAUUGUGCAAUACACACACGUGCGCACACUGCCAGAGUAUUGUGCAAUACACACACGUGCACACACACACACACACACACAAUCAAUUGUGGCAUGGCAUCCAUAAUUUGUCACUGAAUUCUUUUCAAAUGUUUGCGUAGACUGCAAAUAGUUUUAAUGGUUUUGAUCGCCACAGGCUAGCGAAGAGGCCAAUGCAAGGGAAAUAGUCCAAAGCAAUCAAAUCAAAUCAAAUUUUAUUUGCCACAUGCGCCGAAUACAACAGGUGUAGACCUUACAGUGAAAUGCUUACUUACAAGCCCUUAACCAACAAUGCAGUUUUAAGAAAGAAUACCCCCCCAAAAAAAUAUUAAUAAUAAUAAUAACAAUAAAUAAAUAAAAACUUUUUUAAAAACACUAAAAACUGAAAAGCAAAAUUGCAAAAAAAUACAAUAUAAAAUAAUAGUAACAAAUAAUUAAAGAGCAGCAGUAAAAUAACAAUAGUGAGGCUAUUAACAGGGGGUAGCGGUACCGAUUCAAUGUGUGGGGGCACCGGUUAGUCCAGGUAAUUGGGGUAAUAUGUACAUGUAGGUAGAGUUAUUAAAGUGACUAGACAUAGAUAAUAAACAGAGAGUAGCAGCAGCGUAAAAGUCCAAUAUUUCCGUAGUACUGCAUUCUCUAAUCACCUUGAAUGUUAAUUAAAUCUAUGAGAUACACACCACUCUUAACGAAUCACAUCUUGCGCCUGACAAUUUGUUGGAGUAUUGCCUCCCAAAAGCUGACAUUGUUGAAAUGGUUGUUUGAGCAGAGCUGGCUGAACUCGCACUGUAAAUACAUGGUGGCCUGGUCUCAUAUGAAACUGCCAAAGCCCCGUCAGCACCAACACGUACACACACACACACACACACACACACACACACACACACACACACACACACACACACACACACACACACACACACACACACACACACACACACACACACACACACACACACACUAAGCUGGACAUAUACUGUAGGACUAACAUGAUUAGACAAUGGCCGUGUUCCAUUUGAGGAACUCAAGUAGGAGACAUAACGGGAAGAAAAAGAUUGGUAGACUCGUGAACUAGAUAGAACAGGAGGUCCAUAGAAUAUCCAUGUAUAAUUAUAUUCAAAAAUGGUUCAUGUGCUGAGAAGUGUCUCCUUAUCUUUGGGGUCCGGAUCACAUUCUCCUUACAGUCUUCUUGUACCCUUUUCACACUACUGAACUGAGCCAAAUCAGCCCAUGUGAAGCUGUACCGCAACCAGCCUGUAUACACCAGUUGCUGGAUCCAUGCUGAAAAGGAAAAUAUCUGAGCCAGUACACAGUACGGUUUCAAUCAGCUCGAUAGUGUGAAAAGGGCAUUGGAUUUGGAUAUAUUGUAGUCCCAGUUCUCUGACUCACGCUUUCACUGCAGUGCUAAUGAACCCACACAAGUGCCUUGUGGGAUUGGGCUUGCAUUAGACAUGCCCACCUCCUUAACCACAGCUCCUACACUCUGUCUCCCUCCUACAGUAGAACCACAAUGCAUCAUCACUCUCCACUGUUGUUCCACAGCUAUGGCCUCUGACUGCUAAUGCUGGCAGCCAACUGAGCAUUUCUUCUGAGCAUGUACCUCAGAAUGUAGCCUGUCAUUGUCACAGGUGAUAUAUCUAAUUGUGCUGUGCUUUAAAUACCAGAAGAUAACUCAAUCAAUUCAGUCAUUAGCUGUUAUAGGAGGGGAUCAAGGUAUCUUUCUACACUACUUAAGCACACUGACUGACAUAAAGCCUACAUAACCAUGACAUAACCAUGACAUAACCGCUAGCUGAAGUCAACUUACUGUAGAAACUCUGACCGACGCCUACUCAACGUCGACACAUGCUGUUCUCAUUUCACUCUAACCCGGACACAAACCACAAGCAUUAGCAGUCUAUCCUGUUGAGUCACUGAAAAAACAAUUAUCAAAGUGUGUUGGAAAGCCUGACAACUGUGCCACAGGGUAUUAUGCAGAAAGGGGAACCAGUUGGGUGUUUUAAGGAAGAGAGUCGUUUUGUGCCGCGGGUACCAUGUGACUUAUGUGGACGAGAGAUGAGGCACAUGCUCACCACAUGUUCAGGGUCGGAGAGAGUAGAAGCACCAUCGAAGGGAAAUACUGGGGUUUCUCGAUGCUCUGGUACAGUAGUCACAGUGUCACGUUAUUCAAACAAGGCAGGGUUUGCUGAAUUAACGGGAUAGUUGACCCAAGUUAUUGGAUACUAUGCAAUUAAUUUAUACAGCGGGAGUGUCAGCCAGCAACUAAAGAUUUGGGUUUGCUUACUUAGCUAGGGAUAAGCUUUAGCACUAGUAUCCACUGCAAAACAGUGAUAGCUGGGAGUGAUAGCUGUUGGCGCUUUUCUAAAAGCAUGCCUAAAUCACCUCAAAACCACUAUCAUAAGCAGCAAAUAUCUAGAACAUAAACAUGUAUCAUGUCAUACCAUGGGUGAACUAUCGGUCACCAAUUCACCAUCUUUGCGUUUACUAUACUAUGGUGUCACGUGAGCAGCACUUUCCACAGGGAAAGCUAAUUGGCUGUAGUGUAGACUGAUGCAUGAAUGGGAAUAUGACUGGCUCGUACUUCCUGUUUCUUGAGGGGGCGGAAGAGGAAGUGGAGCAGGGUCAGAUGGUAGAGUUGACAGACUGGUUCCUCUGGGCGGACCUCAGGGUCCCAGUAGGGCUAGGUGGAGCUAGGACAGUGUUAAGUGAUGCAACUGUGACAAUAACACAGUUCCUGGGUCAGUUUGGGCUCUGCUUCAGGGUGCAUCUCCCAUUAGCUUGAUUGAGAAAUGUAUUAAUAAACAGUAACAGCACAGAAUAUUUUUUUAAUGUAUUAAAAACCUUGCUAGAGAAUGGAAUCUAAGUGCUGUUACCAGGCGACAGUCAUGCAGCACAGACCAAUCAGUGAGCAGUAGAAUUAGCUCUGCACCCAGUGGGGGAUUAUCAAGAAGUAUGAAAUUAAGUCUGAUUAGUGCCCCCCACAAAUGCUGCUGUUUACAUCAAAGACCAUUAUAAAGGAAACAACUGAAAAAAAUAUAGCCAUGAUGGUGUUUAAGAUCAACACCGCUGCCGCUACACACACACACACACACACACACACACACACACACACACAGGGUACCCUCUGCCGCGUCCUCAGCAGCAGCUGUCAGCCGCACUCCCAUAAUCCCAGUGGAUGGAUGAGUGGUCAGAUGUGUGUGCAGUGACAUCUGCCUCUCUCAGCAUGGCCCUGGCUGCUGUAAAUGGGCUGUCGUGCUUGGGCCGAGGCUAGAGUGUGUGUGUGUGUGUCCUGCUCUACACAAUAAGCUAAUCUCAGCUAACCAUGUCAAUGUCACUUAACCAAUACUCAACCCCCCCUUUCUAACUGCUAUCUGUUGUUAUCUAGAAAUAUAUGUAUGCAACUAAUAGCUAUGCACUCUAUUCAGAAUGACUGUAUGUCUCUAGUUCCUGACUGACCUUGUAUUUGUCUUUGUCCACAGGUGAAGGAGGAGAUGCUGUUCGAGGCUCUGACCACGAGGAAGACUGUCACGGUGGGAGAGCGGCUGAUAGUGCCGUACAAACUGGCAGAGGUGAGCGCGAGAUUUCCUGCUCUGUUUACGAUAACAAACAUAAUAACACAACUGCACCAGACCACACAGGCGGCUUUGAACCCUAUCCGACCCCAAAGUGACAACAACAACAGCCGCAGAACUUCAGAACUCUCCUAGCUAUUUCAUCUUGUAUAAAGUUUUGGGACUUGGUUUAUAGAGUUGUGUUUAUGAAUUGUUGACAGACUAAUUUCUUCAGGACACUACUUGUUUGCUUGGAUUUGCUUUCCUUCCGUCGAAACUCAAAAGGCUUUUGUAGUCCACGGGGGGAGGGCGUACAGUACAUUCCACAAGGCCUCAAGAAAGCAGAGCGGAGUCUCUUUGUUUGGCAGCAGAGUGCGUCAGUGGUCAGGGAUUAUAAGGGGCCGUCUCAGGAGGGUUUGUUGUGGUGGCGCUGCCCCCCCCCCCCUUCCUCAGGAUUGUGCCGUUGUGGGUCUCUUCCUCUAUGACUUUCUGUUUCCUGUGAGGUUUACUAUGUGGCGUUAACCCCCUCAGCGCCAAAAGGCAUAAUUGUAUGCCAAAUCUCACAGAGAGCCUAUUUGAAAUGACCUUAAUACAAAAACCUGGGUUGAGUUCAUUGAUUGGGGCAUGUGACGGAAAAAGUUUUAAAGUUUUGCAACAGAAAACGGAAAUGUGCAUUUCAUAUUGGACCAAGUAGUCCCUCCCGGUUUCACCCCCUUCUGGUUACACAUUAGCGACUAGCUACACAAUAGCUGCAUCCAUCCCCCCAGUGGUCUCUGCCUAGGAAUGUUCAACCUCCGCUUGAAUAUACAGCCGAAGCCGGACCAGAAACCAAAUCCUGUCUCCCUCAGCCUCUCCAUAGACAGUCGUAAUAGAGGCUCAGACAAUGGGCUUUAAAAAAACGUUAUCCUAUAGGAAGACUGUGGCUACAAUAUAUACUCAAUAAUUAAUGUUACUGUAGCUCUGUUGUUCUGCUAAUGCUAUGGAAGUCCCCCAUCUGCCACAACUUAAUGUGGAGAGAGAGGGAGGUCUUUGAGGAGGUGGAGAGUUAAGAGAGAGAAAUAAAACGAGGGGCCCUCCACUGCAUGGAAAUCCCCAUCCGUCACAGCCUAAUAUGAGCCUUUAGAGAAAGGAGAGAGGGGGAGAGAUGCAAUUCACAGUGUCAGAAGGAAAUCUGCACAGAACAGCAGUAAGCGUGUUCUCUACACUACAGUACAUCAGUAGGAUAAGGCUGUGGUUGUUGUUUGCCCGGCAGCUGUGGAGAAAGAGCUUAGUGACUGCAGAGGCUGUAGCAGUUCCCCUGGUCACUGAGAUCUCAUCUCUGCCCCCAGAGGAGAAACUAGGCAUAUACCAUCUUUCUCUCUCUUUUUCUGUUUCUCUCCCUUUCCCCCUUUCUCUCUCUUUCUCUCUCUGUGUGUUUCUCUCUUUCUCUCUGUCCCCCUUACUCGCGCUCCUCUCUCUCUCUUUCUCUAUCUCUCUCUCGACUAGAACUGCAUUCCAAUAGGUUCUGUACAACCUUUCCCUCCUAACCUCAGAUAGGUGAGAGAGUGUUUAUUGAUUGUUUGGGUCCAGUAGUAAGGCUUCUCUCUGUUCCCAACUAAGGGGUUAACACACAUUUCUGAGGAACGGCCUGACUGGUUGGAUACCUGUCAGUUUCCUUCUCUCAUUACUUAAUUGCCAUUUUAUUCUAGUGGCAAUUAUAUAUUACCAAGCAUUAACCUAGUUAUUUCAUGAGAGAGGUCCUAUAAAAGGAAGCCUACCUUAGCUAAGGCUUGCUGCAUGCUAGCUAAUGAGAGAGGAAGAGUGUGUGUUUUAAUUAACCACGGCUCUGCUGUGCAUUCAUGUGCUUUAGAUUAAAUGGUGCCACUCUAUAUCAAAGCUAUUUAAAUGUAUUUGCAGUUUACACACACACACACGCAUAAACACACACACACACACACACACACACACACACACACAGUCUUAUUUUAUUAACCUUGUGGUGACACACAAUUGAUUCCUCAUUCAAAAUCCUAUUUUCCCUAACCUUAAUCCUAAACCUAAACCUAACCUUUAACCCCUAACCCUAACUCUAACCCUAAACCCCCAAUAAAUAAAUAGCCUUUUUCCUUGCGGGGACAGGCAAAAUGUCUCCAGUUGGUUGAAUCUUUGUUCGUUUACUAUUCUUGUGGGGACUUCUGGUCUAGCGAGUAAUAGCGAGUAAUUUGCGUUGCGGGAUCAUGCAGGGUGUUGUUUUACACCUCCUGUGGCUCACGGACCAUGUUUGUAAGCCAUUAGCGAGAAAGAGCAAGGCCCCCUCUGGUCGUCUCCUCGGCAAAGGCUUCUAAUUACCAAACACCAGCCAAGACCUUGUUAUAGGGUCGACCCCAUAACAGUUUACUAAACUCUCUCUGAUAACUUCCCUCUAAUUAUUUUGUCAGCCUCUUGGGUGGCCCUCUCAUAAAAACUUUGUUUUUAGGUAGUUUCUUUUCUCCAUCCAAUUCCAUUUCCUAACAUUUCUAGCACUGUAGUUCCAUUGUGGUAAAUAAUGGAAUCUGGUUGUGACUUGUGACGUUUAAUGACAAUGGAUGUUCGUUCACGCGACACAUCAUCGUGUUUGAAAAUCCCUGGUGGACGUUUGAGCAGUUUUGAUUGGGAGCGUGUUUUGAAAGUGUUGCAUAAUGCAUGGGAACUUACAUAACCUUUGGGAGCAGGAAACAGCGAAGCGCUUACCUCUAAAAAUAAUGCCUAGAUCAAUAAUGCAUUAGGGAAAAAGAGGAGGCUUUUUAAAACACACAUUUUUGCUUGGUCACGAUUCUCUACUCCCCCGGACCUAGUUGAAACGGUUUAGACAUGUACAGCAAAUGCACUGUACAUUAGGGGUGCGUUCAGGGACACACAACAUUACAGUCUGUUUAAUAGAAAUGUGUUGUAUAUCACAUAUUUUUACUUCCUCAUGAAUUUGUGCUCCCCUGGACCUAGUUGAAUCGGUUUAAACACACCUACUGCCUGCUAACACUCUACUGUACCUUAGGGUUGUGUUCAGGGGCAUGCAAGGUUACCGAAGGUUCAUAUACAGUACAAAUGUGUAGUAUGUCAUGUAGAGUACGUUGGACGUGCCUCCAGUUACAGCACAGACCUCUGUCUGACCAACCACAGCUAACCAGAGAAACUCCAAUCCCCUUCCAUAACACUCCUACUGCCAAAGGCGGAUGGUCAUAAUGUCCAAGUCCUCAUUCCAACUCCAAUUAUAAUAGCUUAGCUUAGGGCUGUUACGGUGACCGUAUUACCGCCACAACGGCAGUCACGAGUCAUGACUGCAGUCAGAUUCCACGUGACCAUUGAGUCAUGGUAACUAGGCUUCUCCAAAACGGUGCUCUGAUGUACAUUAGUAGCCUACCAAACUUGCUUACGACCAGUCGCUAAUCGCCUGGUACUUGGCCCUCUACUCUGACAUUAAUGCAAAUGUAUCGUAAAUCAAACACUUCAUGAGAGCCCUGUCAUUCAGAGUUUGAGCAGAAUAGAUCACCUGUUGCGCAGCGAGAGCCAGUUCCUCAUACCUGGGUGAUGCAUGGAAUGAAAUAAGUGUUGCGCAACAUUUCUUUAGGCUAUGCAAUUGAGUGAGAAAACAGAGUUUUGAUGGCCUCUAUUAAAAAGAGGAGGAUCCCAUCAGCUUUCUCUAGGCUACGCCUACUAUGUUUAUUUCUUAACUUUGGUAUUAUUAAGCACAUUGCUUCGCUUUACAAUCGGAGUAUAGCCUACCUGGCUGGCAUGAAAAUGAACCGUGGGAAAAGCAUCCUCCAUUCGCUAUUCAAGUGCAUAUGGAUGACGGCUUUGUUUUCCCCUGCCCCUGUUCCGACAGGUGCAUGAUAAUGGCCCAUUUUUAAAUCAGAACUGAUUUCACACAUAUUUUUUUGUAUAUGUAAAGACAAGAUAAAAUUGAGAAUAGUCUGAUGUCACUGUUCCUUUUUAUGGAUCGAUGACGUAAAGCUGUAGUGUUGUAGCACAGCAGGGCUUGGAGUGUAGAAAAACCAGAGGAACUUGUUAGCUGGCAUGCUAACAAACGUUACACUAUUGUUGGCUAGCUAACAUUGUUGGCAUUAGAGGAACGUAGCUGGCAUGCUAACAUGUUACCAAAGAUAGUACAGUAUGAAGAUUCCUAGAAACUGCUUCUCCAAUAAAAAUCCCUGAUCACGCUUGUAGGUGAUGUUGGCUAGCUAAGCUCAUGCGCAGAAACACGUCAUGGGGUCUCACGGUCUUCUCGCGCUGAACUGCGUAUGUGCAGGCCGUCAAAUCAAAUUCACUCCUGUGAUAUAAAGUAGUUUUUGAGUAAAAUGAAAGCAUGUCUGUUUUUCACUUUUAUGAGUUUGGAGUAAUAACACGUUCAGCUAAUCUACAUUGUGCCUUUAGAUUUCAUUCACUUCUCCCAUUGACUUCCAAAACCCCGGUCUGGUCUGUAGUCUGCUUUGCGAAGCGUUACUGGAAGUAUCGCGAUGUUGGGCCUCUGGUUAGAAACUGAUGUUGGCUAACAUUGUUAGCAUCUUCUAUUCAUUCUCCAAUAGCAAGACACGGUUCCAUGUAGCCUACCACUGUCUACCCUAGCCGAGGUAUACAGUAGGUGCCGGUUUAGAGAAAGUUAGGCUCAGACGGUUUCUUUACAGAUAUCCACACAUUAUACAAUCCGGAUGGACGUACAAGGAGUUACGGAUUAUAGAUAUGCCUUCAGUAACAGGAUUUUCAGAAACAAGUAACCCCCUAAGGCUCCGCAUUGUAGCCUUCUAGGGCGUACAUGCACGAAUGCACGGCGUCCAAUAUAGGGUUACACAUUCCCCAACGUCUCAGCACCACUUCUUGUGUCCUCCUUAAAGAACAGAUCAGGUCAGAAUGCUGAUGAUAGUCCAUCUGUUCAUUAGCAUCUCUGAAGUACGUAUUUCAACGUUUGACAGUGGCCAAGUGCAAAGGUAGAAACGCUAAGUGUACACCUUGGUUUUGCUUUGCUAAGCUGGUGCACUGCAGGGAGCAGGUGUUGGCUGGGCUCCCAGCAGGUGGGAGAGAGAGUGGUAUUACAAUGGAUCAGCAUCCCUGAGUCAAUGAUACUGCAGAUGGACAGACCGACAUAUAUCUGGAUUGAGAGACAUGUACUGUAAACAGACAGACAUACCGGUGGCUAGCUAGAUAUAGAGAGAUGGAGAUGCAUACUUAUACUGACAGAUGGGUAAAUGGAUAUAUGGUAAUGGAAAGACAAAUACAGUAGAGACACACACAGACACACACACAGAGACACCCAGACAGACACCCACCCACCCAGACAGACACCCACCCACCCAGACAGACACCCACCCAGACAGACACCCACCCACCCAGACAGACACCCACCCACCCAGACAGACACCCACCCACCCAGACAGACACCCACCCACCCAGACAGACGCCCACCCACCCAGACAGACGCCCACCCACCCAGACAGACACCCACCCACCCAGACAGACACCCACCCACCCAGACAGACACCCACCCACCCAGACAGACACCCACCCACCCAGACAGACACCCACCCACCCAGACAGACACCCACCCACCCAGACAGACACCCACCCACCCAGACAGACACCCACCCACCCAGACAGACACCCACACACCCAGACAGACACCCACACACCCAGACAGACACCCACCCACACACCUAGACCGACACCUACACACACACACAGACAAACACCCAGAGACGCACACAGAUAGACUGACACAUACACACAGAGACAGACACACACACAGAGACAGACACACACACAGAGACAGACACACACACAGAGACAGAGACAGACACACAGACACACACACACACACACUCAGACAGACACACACACUCAGACAGACACACACACACUCAGACUCAGACAGACACACACACACACUCAGACAGACACACACACACUCAGACAGACACACACACACUCAGACAGACACACACACACUCAGACAGACACAGACAUACAUACACACAGACACAGACAUACACACAGACAUAGACACAGACAUACAUACUGACACACAGACAGACCGACAUACAGACACACAGACAGACCGACAUACAGACAUGUACAUGGAAAUACAAAUAUAUUAGACUAGAGAGAUAGAUAAGAUAAACAGAUCAGGAGAAAGAUGGAUACGGUACAGUAGUUUUGUUUUGUAAUGCUGCAGUUAUAGCCUUUGUGUGGGUUUGCCCGUGCAUGUCUGAUUAACCUUGUGCAGUAUUACAUCUCUGUAAGACCACAUACUGUGCAGGAAGAUUAGUGAGCACUUUAAGAAGGGGGAAACAUCUGGGACAAUAACAUACUUAAAAAAUAUGUUACAGAUGCUCACACACACACAUUUCUAUUUCUGUCUAGUGGAUUAAUUUGGUGUGCUGUGAACAGUACGGCAGAUUAUUUUGUGGAAAUGUUUGCCAUUGUUGCUUGUACCUAAUCUACAUUAUGUAAGGCUUUGAACAACAUGUCCUUAUAUAUAUUUAGCUCAAGAUCAAGAGGGAAGGAUAUUGUAUGUGUGUGUGUAUCUGUGUGUGUGUGAGGGGGGGGGGGGGGAGGGGGGGGGGGGGUUGACAGGAGGAUAAACCCAUGGUCCAGAUUAAAUGCAUAAACAGUGUGGAUAGCACUGUGAUUGGAGCAGACUGUAAAAUGUGUCAUGAUUGUCUCUCUGUGUGUGUAGGCUGGCACCGUGCGGGACUCCAUGGCCAAAUCCCUGUACAGCGCCCUGUUUGACUGGAUCGUCUUCAGGACCAACCAUGCUCUGCUCAACAACAAAGACCUGGAGGAUAGUGCCAAGGUAAGAUUUGGACCUACACACACACAGCACGCAUGAAGUCAUUCAUGUAAGCACCGACACAAGCAAACAUUUACUCACACGCGCACGUUCCCUCACACACGCGCACGUUCCCUCCCACACGCGCACGUUCCCUCCCACACGCGCACGUUCCCUCCCACACGCGCACGUUCCCUCCCACACGCGCACGUUCCCUCACACACACACACACACACACACGUUCCCUCCCACACGCUCACGUUCCCUCCCACACACACACACACGUUCCCUCACACAUGCACACAUAUCCUCACACGCACACAUUCUUCACACUCAUGCAAGCUCUGGCACACGGGGGGGGGGGGGGGGGGGGCACCCUGGCACCGUGGCAGCUGACUGGCUUUGCCCAGUGGGCAUGCAAAGGAUUAGAUCACAGAUCACAUUUGCGUACACAUGUGUGCCCAGAACAUUGAGGCAGAUGGCAUGAUGGCCUCUUCUGCUUGUUUAAGUGGUGCUCAACAGACGUGUGUGUGUGUGUGUGUGUGUGUGUGUGUGUGUGUGUGUGUGUGUGUGUGUGUGUGUGUGAGCAGAUGAGGGUAGAUUUAGACUGCUGUGGUUUAGGGCAAUGUUAGAGGCACUGUUGUCCCUUAGCCCACUCCUAUCCCACAGUGCUGUCUAAUGUGCUCAGACAGACCGCUAGACUCUUCAGACAUAAGAUAUGGGAGCAGAGUUGAACAUCCAUCUAUCACUCACAAUUUGUCAGUCCCUCUUUAUUGGGUCUUAAAAAUUGUGAAUGAACCUCUUCUCAUAAGGCCUGCAUAGAGAUAUCAUGAUGGCAUAGACAGUGACAUACGGUGCAUCGUUAUUCCAUUAUGUUAGGGUUAUGUAGGUUUUGAUGGAAGGUUCAUCGAGCUCAUUGUAUUUUUUUCUAAAUAUAGUUAUGUAUUAAAAUGUUAAAUAUUUGAUAAAUGCCAAAUUAAACACAUCUAACUGAACUCUCUCUUUCACUUCAGAUUCUUUCAAUUGGAGUGCUGGACAUCUUUGGCUUUGAAGACUAUGAGAACAACAGCUUUGAGCAGUUCUGCAUCAACUUUGCCAACGAGAGGCUCCAACACUACUUUAACCAGCACAUCUUUAAGCUAGAACAAGUAAGGUCUCUUUCAGUGUGUGCGUGUGCGCGCAAUGUGUGUGUGUGUGUGAGUCAGUGCUUAUGGACCACACUUCAGGUCAACAACAGAAUUGGGCGUGUUCAGUCACACACCCAACUGGCGUAG